AUGUUGCACCUGAGUCGAUACGAAGUUGAUCUGGAGGAUGCUACUGUAGUGUUAGCUUCAGUUCAACUUCGUAUUGACUCAGGCGCUACAUGGCCUAAACAAAUGACACAUUGAAAAGCACACAAAGCAAAUUUAAACAAGAACCUUUCCGCUAACUUCUUUGCUCGUCUUCUCGCCAUCGUCUUCUAUGCCUAGAUCGUAAAACACCGGUGCAUCACCAUUAUUGAUCCCCGGCAGCUCAAUUCCGUUGUGGCUUUUUUUAUUUGCAUCCUUUUAUAUUCACAGUUUCUAACUUAAAAAAAAAAUUAGUGUCAUUAACUUCCGUUGUGGCUUUUUUAUCUGCACCGUUUCUUUUUUUAUAUGCAGCAGGCUUCAUUUCUUUUUUUUCUUUUUUUUUUUUGCAUUAGUAACUUCUGUUGUGACUUCUCCUUUUCUUUUGGCUAUUUUUUUUUUUUUUUUUUUUUUUUGCAGUGGCGGUUCUUAGCCACCGUACAAAACACAUGAAGGGAUUUUUAAAAAUAAUAAAAACUUAAAACACAACAGCAAAUGAGAAAAGAACAAGUAAUCGCAAAACACAACAUGACGUCUUUGUUUUGUCCCCCAAAAAGGACCUCAAAAGUGAAAAACUGCUCCUGAAGAGAUCUUAUGUUUACAUGUUCUGCUGCAAGUAUCUUUUCACUUCGCUUUUCUUAAAUGAGGGAUCGUCAAAACUGUCUGAUCCACUGGUUUCAAUCUCCUGCUAUCGAUGAAUCUGGUCUAUAAAAUCACGUGAUUUCAUUUCCCCCUCCUCACUUCCGCAAAUAAAGCGCCAGUGUUGUGAUCAUAGCUUAAGCGGAAAGUGAAAACACAGUCAGUCGUCGUGCCACCGGACUCGUGUGUCAUGGUCGAACCGUCCACCAGAACCGUGAACGACACCGGACGCAGACGUUUCCAACACGUGAGUUUACGGCGAAUGUUCCUGCUUUCUCCUGCAGCUCCGGACUUUUUUGUUCAAAGUUGUUUCCUUCCGGGCUGCUCCGCUAACUACAAGGUAGGCAGCUGAAAAACAAGUCCGCUCAGAUUAGUCUAGCAGCUGCAGCCGUGUUGUGUCAGCUGGACAGUUUGCUGAAUAAUGCGUUUGUAACAAAGGCAUCAACAGUAGGCAGCCUGUCUGACAUUGAACAGUCUUGUGGUCAGUGUUUGCUGAGAUAACACAGGUACAGGAGGAGGAGGAGGUGACAGGAGUUUAGUAACACUUAAAGCCUCUGUGACCUAGAUUUUCAACACAGGAGGUCUCUUUUCCAAGAAAGUCUCAGGAUCAUAAAUUGUUCUUACCAAAAACACUUGAAUGAGACAGUCAAAACAACAUGGUCUGUCUGCAGAGAUUAUAAAUGUCACCUUCAGAUUCUAAUCAGAGCAUCAAAACAAACCUGGACAGAGGAGGUAAACACCACUGUCCACCUCAAUUUGCAUAAAACUCCCAAAAAAAUGUUCAAGAGAUAAAAUUAAUUUAAAAGCUUGGGCAUGCAUUUCAUUGUUAGGCGACACUUUAGUUGACGCCUAUCUCUAUAACUCAUUAUAAAUAUAUGUAUAAUGUGUUAUAAUCACGUUAUAGCACUGUAUGACUUUAGUUAUAAACACUCAUAAAUGAUCAUAAUGCUUAAUAGCAAUAAUCAUAACACAUUAUAAAGCAUUUUAUCCUGACUUACAAGGUCAGGUAUUAUAAUGUGUUAUAACUGUUAAUAACAGUUGCAUUGCAUUAUCUAUGUGGGCAUUGUCAGUUAGCUGUUAGUUGUUUUGAAUAGUCAUGAUCAUGGCCACAGUUAUGUUGAUCAAUAUACAAACAUGAUUAUUAAUUAAAGAGUCGACUUUUUCCCUGUAUUUUGUUUGUUUUGAGACCAUGCAUAUCCAGCAGCCCCCUUUUUUUUAUUUACUUGGCUGGUCCGUGACAAAAAAAAACUUGCCCUGGCAUUUUUGGUUUAUGCAAUCAGUUGGUUUAAUUUAGCACCAAACAACAUCAUCAAAGCUAGAUGUGCUGCACCAGUGGUGUCACAGUGUGGAUUUUAUAUAGCAUAUUGUAUAAAGCAGUUAAAUUACAGAUGUAACCUAUAAUCCUGUCUGUGGCCGUCAUCUUUAAAACUUUGUUUUUCCUGUUUAUUUCAAAAUAAUAUGGACUUUAGCUCAUUAAUUCUUGCUAAUGCAGCUGUGCUCACUCUGUCCCUCUGCUUCACUAACACACACCUGAUCCUCCUGCUUUGUAAGCUUGCUGCAGAUGUUUUUGUCACAUUUCUUUAAAGGACAAUCCUGCAAUCAUGAUCAAAAUUGGAUUACCUGUGCUGCCCAAAUUUGUGCGUUAGUAACAUUAUUAUAGUUUUCUCUCAGUUAAUUCAUGUACCCUUUAUCUAUGACAGAGUAUUUCAUCCCACAGAAUCUGUGCAUGACUUGUUUAAAGGAUAACUUCAAUAUUUACCUUUAGAUAUUUUACCUUUCUUAACAAUUUCAGGUUGCUGGUAUAAAUCCAUAAGUCACGUGUGACAGUAUUUUACCAAGCCAAAUAUUAUUCAUCAACAUAUAUUGUGAUCAACUGUUCACCUCAGUUCACUUAUUUUGUUUUUUAUCUCUUGGUAUUGUUGAAUCUUUGGUCAUCACCUCUGCAUGUGUGUCCACUAUCCUACUGCUAAAGCUGUUAGAGAUCACAUAUGUUCAUGAAUGAAGCAUAUUGUUAUAAAUGCUUCACUCUGAUAGUUUUGACACACUUACUGUAUAACUCAAGUUUUACUCUGAGGAGCUUUCCACAUACCGGCUCGGAUCUGUUUGAGCUAAUUUUAUUCCAUAUUACCCAACAUUUCUGUAAUCUUCUUAGAGAAGUCAUGCUCAGGCUUGACAUGAUUUCUUGCAGAGCAGCACAUUACUUUAUUUGUUCAAAGCCGGUUUGGUCCUGUAUGAGUACAUAAACACUGAGAGAUUUGUUUUUUUAGAGAGACACACUAAGUAUACAAGUUGACAGUGUGUGAUAUCAAAGUGUUUUCAUUCAGUUUUUUUCCAGCUUUGUGUUAAUAUCAGUAUUUAAAAAUUUCAUGAUUAAAAUAAGUGUUUUUUUUGUUUUGUUUUGCUUUUUCACAUUCUAGUAACAGCAGCCCUGGCAAGUUUGCUGACCCACACCCUCCCCCUGCCCCUGUCCCCUGCCCUGCCUGUGGACUGA